GAGCGCGUCUCAAGUGAUGUCCACGCGUGAGAUUUGCUCGUGAAGUUUGAGCGGGGUGGAGAUUUCCCGCCUCCUUCUUCGUGUCUCCUCCUCCAGCGCUCCGCUCGGGUUCGCCGUGAUUUCAUACCGAAGUCAUACUUCACAUUCCAGCUUUACUGUCAAAUCAGGAGAAAUAUUUCUUCAAAAACACCAGCGUGGUUUGCAUUUGUAAACGAGCUCAUGAGAUAGAGCCUGGAAUCCAUUUUAUUGCGCACAGUAGAGCAGAGGUUUGCGUUCAAGUCCUGGGUGUGAGGGCUCACGUAGGGGCCCAGGUGGAGCCGUCACCAUUGCAGCCAACGAGUGGAGCGCCAACGAGAGCCCGGAGGAGGGGCAGGAGGAUGGAGUGGAUGGGAUGGACAAGGCCGGAAUGGAAGGGGAUGCGGAGGGCGUCUGGAGCCCUGACAUCGAACAAAGUUUUCAGGAGGCUCUGGCCAUUUACCCACCCUGUGGCCGCAGAAAGAUCAUACUUUCAGACGAAGGAAAAAUGUAUGGUCGUAAUGAGUUGAUAGCAAGGUACAUAAAGCUGCGGACAGGGAAAACCCGCACACGGAAACAGGUGUCUAGUCACAUACAGGUGUUAGCCAGGAAGAAAAUGCGGGAAUAUCAAACCGGCAUUAAGGUGUCUAGCCAUCUGCAGGUUCUUGCGCGGAGAAAAUCUCGCGAGAUUCAGUCUAAGCUGAAGGCCAUGAACUUGGAUCAGGCUUCCAAAGACAAAGCCCUGCAGAACAUGGCCGCUCUGUCCUCCGCUCAGAUCGUUUCUGCCAGUGUGAUGAAGAGUCAGAUGCCUCCUCUUCCUCAGCACCCCUACCCUCCUCCAGCCAGGUUUUGGCCCGGACCCAUCCCAGGACAGCCUGGACCUUCUCAGGACAUCAAGCCCUUUGCACCGAACCCGUACUCCAGCCUUCAGCCUCCACUGCCUACGCCCAUAUCAAGUUAUGAGCAGUUGCCCAGCUCCCUCCCCCCAACCAGCACUGCCAUGCCUGUGUGGCAGGACCGGACCAUCGCCUCCGGUAAACUCCGCAUGCUGGAGUACUCGGCCUUCAUGGAGGUCCAGAGAGAUCCUGACACUUACAGCAAGCACCUGUUUGUCCACAUCGCCCAGACAAACCCCUCGUACUCGGACCCUCUUCUGGAGGCCGUGGACAUCCGUCAGAUCUACGACAAGUUUCCAGAGAAGAAGGGAGGGCUGAAGGAGCUGUAUGAGAAAGGCCCUCAGAACGCCUUCUUUCUGGUCAAGUUCUGGGCUGAUCUGAACAAUAGUAACGUUCAGGAUGGCGCGGGCUCGUUCUAUGGGGUCAGCAGUCAGUACAGCAGUGCUGAAAACAUGACCAUCACGGUGUCCACUAAAGUCUGUUCUUUUGGGAAGCAGGUGGUAGAGAAAGUUGAAACAGAGUACGCUCGUGUGGAGGGCGGGAGGUACGUUUACCGGAUCCAUCGCUCACCCAUGUGUGAAUACAUGAUCAACUUCAUCCAUAAACUCAAGCACCUGCCAGAGAAAUAUAUGAUGAACAGUGUCCUGGAGAACUUCACUAUACUGCAGGUUGUCACAAACAGAGACACACAAGAGACUUUGCUUUGCAUUGCGUUUGUGUUUGAGGUGUCUACAAGUGACCACGGAGCACAGUAUCACGUUUACAGACUCGUCAAGGACUGACUGACCGCCGUGCCCAAACACCUCCAGACGCUGGUCAUCGGAUACGUACGAACAAAAAGAGGAAAAGAAAGUUAGAAAAACCUGAAGCUCAUAAACACAAUCAUGGACAAAACACAAACCAGGAUCCUCUGCACUAGGUUGUGUUGUAUAUUUAGUCGUGUUCCUUAAAAGGAAAAGAAAAUGUACUUUCAGGGAUAAUUCUAUUUCUUUCUUUUUGCUUACUGGUUUUGUGAGAAGGAGAGGUUUUGGAAAUCUGUGGUUGGUUAAUUCUGAUUAUGACCCUUGUCAUGUUUAUGGUACUAGACUCUGAAGGCACAAAGGUCUUUUUAAAAGUGAUCGUAAGCGAAUAGGAAAGGAAUGCUGGUUAAUACAAGUCUUUCUCUAAUCAGGAACUUUGUGAUAGCAUGUUUGUUCUGACUGUCCUUUUUUCACAAUCUUUGGUUUAGACACAGAAGCCUGCUACCUCUGACCUUUGAUCGGGGUUCAGAUUGUGCCCAGAAGGAUGAGAAAGUCUUGUAAAUAGGAAUAUUUUUUGUAUAGGAAAAGACACUGAAUGUUUGUUGAGAUGGAAAGCGCAAGUUACAUGAAUGUUACACACUUUUGCGAGUUUUGCUCUCGAUUUGGCUUGAUUUUCUUGGAAAGUGCAAAUGUGUGAGUUAUAUCUACCUCCUGGUGUUACACGAAGUGCGUUUGGAGCAUUUUUACUGUGGCGUUUUGGUUUAGAAAAUGGAAGCUUGUUUAUGCCAUGAAAAAAAAAGGUAAUUGCAACAUUUUCUCUCACAAUUCUGAGAUAAAAAGUCAGAAUUACGAGAUAUAAAGUCAGAAUUGUGCUAUAACACAAUUUCGAGGAAAAUGUCUGAAUUAAGGAAUAUAUACUCAAUUGUGAGAAAAAAGUCUGAAUUGUGAUCUCACAAUUGCGAGAAAAAAAUGGAAAAGUCUGAAUUGUGAGAUAUACUCAAAUCUU